AUGAAUCGCUUGCUGAGCAUUGUAAGCACGUACGACAGAUGCUUGACCGUUUAUGAGAAGCAGAACUUGGAUGCAAUGUUCAAGAAGCUGAAGCACAUAUUCACAAGUGUUUCAAUGCUGCAAUCAUUCAACUCAGACAAGUAUAUGAUUCUCAAAACAAACACCUCAUGUAUAAAACACGGGCAGCGCCCGUGUUUCAGAAGCCUCCCGAAGGGCAUGGAGACGUGCUACGCUGGAGAGAUUUCUAUGUACACAGAGAGAGAAAACAGAAUCCAGGUGGCAACUCUUGAGAAGACUCAGCUCAUUGCAAAGGAUUUUUCUGAGCUGCGCAUCCACUUCUGGCCCGACGUAUGGCCAUUCAUGGUGGGGCUAUAG